GUUCCGCCGCGACGUUAUCGAUCUGUCAGUGCGACACGAACUGACAAGAGCUAAGGAAGCGUGAUAUGGGUCAUCAUCCACGGUGAUGUGAUCGAGGAUGCGUUUGCCUUGAGCCGUCCAGUGAACCCAUGUGAGUGAAGAGCCACCAUCCGAAGACAUGGCAGAGGAAGGCAUCUCCCAGCAGCACGCAGCAGAUCUCAAGGAAGAAGUACCGCAUUGUACAAAUGUAGAUCUUGCAGCAUGUGAUGAGCGCAAACCAGCUGAUCUUGUGCCCGAUGCGAAGCAGCAAACCUCAGAUGAAGUUUCAGAUUCACCAUCUUUAAUCAGCGAGGCUGUAAACGACGAUGGUGGAAACGUGGAGCAGGCUGUUAAAAACGCGGACUCAGCUGAAAACAAGAUGGUGCCUCCCACAGAAGAAGACGACGACAGCAGGAGGAGCAGCAGCCUUCACCAAGCUGAUGACCAGAGUCAUGGAGAUUACGACAGAACUGAGGAAACGCUCAUUUCCAGAGGAGACCCGAAUGAGGAGGAGAAAGCACCAGGAGCAAGCAGUUCACUGAGCUCUGGUGACAGAAAGGACGAGCAGGUAGAUGAACCUGGACUUGAUGAAGAACCUCAAACAACGAACGUCACCAACACUGACGCUGAAGAGGUCAUGGAGGAUACUUCAGCUCCAGUGGACGUUCAGGGCCCUGAGGAGAGCCCAGCUUCAGCAGAGACAGCCUUACCACAGGAAGAGUUAGAGGACCAGAGACAUGAUGUCGAAACCAUCGGCCCUGCUACUGAACAGAUCUCUGAAUCUACAGCACCUGGAGGUACGAUAAGACUCUUCGUAGCAGUGAUUGUCGUGGCACUGGUUGCCGUCUCGGUGCAGUAUCUCCUCCAACCCGAGUCUCCGCCUCAGAAAAGCGAUGUGCGGCAAAUCGACAUCUUCUUGAAGCAGAUGGAAGAAGUGAAGACUAAGUUUCCCAACCAGCGCGCUGAAGUGUGGAACAGGAGCAGGAUCCACCUGAAGAGGCACCUGCAGACGGCCCAGCCCACAGAGCCGGUGAGCCUGAUCCUGACUGCCGGCCUCAGGGCUGAGAGGACGCUGCACUGCCUGGCUCGGGGUCUGGCCUCCGCCUUCUCAUCUGCCCUCAACGCCUCCGUCCUCCACAUCGAUGGAGCCAGCAAAGCCAGCGAGGACAGCGACCAGGUCAAACUGGACAUUGACAGCAAGCUGCAGGGAGCUUUUGAAGGAGACAAACCCGUGGCGGUCAUUCAUCGCUUCGAAGAGCUGCCUCCGGGCUCCACCCUUAUUUUUUAUCGCUACUGUGACCACGAAAAUGCUGCGUACAAGAAAACAUUUCUGAUCUUCACAGUGCUUCUGGGGGAAGAACAGGAGAUUCCUGCCGAGAUCCGCCUGAGUGCCGUGGAGGAGAUGGUGGACGACCACCUUCAGAAAAAGUUUCUGUCGCAUGGCCACCCUGUGUCUUUCGACAGGAUGGACCUUGACAAGUACGGUGGACUGUGGAGCCGCAUUUCUCACCUCAUCCUGCCUGUGGCAGCAGAGGACAGGAUGGAGCAUGAAGGCUGCUCAAGGACGUAACCAGGAAGCCGUCUGAACUGUUAGUCUGAGCGCUAAGUAUGGGUCGGACCUCUCCCUGGUGACUCUGGUCUCUGUGGGCCAAAGCACUGGCUUAAAGAUCCAGGUUUCCUACAUUUGCUAAAUUCAAUUAGAAAUCAUCACAAAUGAAGACAUCAAGCAGACUCAUGAAGCUGCAGGAUAUUUGUUAAAAUGAUAUGAACAUUCAUUCAUUUGAUGAAACGGCUGUGGCACUUUACUCUUUUCGUCUGUUGAUCAAGUGUAUUUAGAGAGCGGCUGCGACAUGCAGGGAAUCAGGGACUUGUUUGGGUUUUGUGUCAGUUUGAAUGCUAACGGCUGCACUUCCAUGUUAUUUGAUGUAAAACCUGAUUGUUCUGUGGCCAGUGAUCACAUGGAGUUAAAAGGCAGAACUGUUCUGUCGGCACCACAGCACAGGUUGACUGUUUUUAUGACUAAUGUCUUCUCUGAUUGUCAGCCCUGGACGGCACCACGCGCCUUACACUGCUGGUACAGGUUCAGUGAUGGAGGACACGUGCAUCAAUGAAAUGUGCCUUAAAUACCAAUAAACUUUCUGUAAUCUGA